AUGGUGAAAUCAAAAAAGCAACAGACUACUCAAUUGGGCAUGAAUGAGGCCAAGGAGGCACAGGAAAAUGAAAUAGAAGCCUUGAAAGGCAAGUUUCUUUUCAUAUUUAAUUAUUAUGUUCUGAAUAACAUCCUUACAGCGAUUUUCAUGGAGGAUUAUGAGCCAGUGGUCGUAACCACAGCUUGGAAGGUAUCUCCAACAGGUCAUGAGUUUAAGCUUCAUCUCUGGCCACAAGAACAAGAACUAAAGAACCAUGUAUCUGUGGAUCUACGCAUUAAGCUUCCGAAAUCCUAUCCGCGUUCCGCUCCGGACAUCAAGAUCGAAAACGCCCGUGGUUUAUCAGCAGCGCAUUUGCAUCAGCUUCAUGAACACGUGUCCAGAUUGAUAAAAGAAAAUAUGGGUCAAGAAAUGGUUUACACCAUUGCACAAUUUGUUCAAGAGUUUAUUACGACAAAUAACAAUGGAGUCCCUUCUGUCGGCAAUAACCUUACUUCUUUUCAUGAUCAAAUGCUAAAUCGAAUUGAACAAAGGACCAAGGUGGAAAAGGAAAGGGCCAUGGAAGAGAAAGAUCGCGCUCGUCAAAUGGAAGAACAAGAACGUGAGAUAGAAAGUAUGAUGUUGAUGCAAAAAAUUGAAGAGGAAACGCAACGAAAAUUGGCAAAAGGUGAAGAAGAAAGGAUGAAAAGAAAAAAGUUGAGGGUCAAGGAUGAACAAAAUCUAAAGGCAUCAACCGGAACGCCGAUAGCUUUUCCGAAAGUGGAUUUCGAGAAAAUCAUCAUUUUAGACCCUAAUGAUUCACAGAUGUUAUUCGGAUUGAGUGCUAUCGAACGGUAUGAUUCACUAGAUGAUCUAUUGGAAUCUGUUGAAAAUGAAAUACCUUCAGCUGUUCAGGAUGUUCUAAGGACUAUGCUUGACGAAAAUCACUGGAAGAGACCUACCCCGUUAGAGUUGCUCAUGCAACCCUUCUUCAACGAAGGCUCGAAUUUUUUAGAUACACCUUUGAAGUUCAUUACGUCACCAGGCGCGGAAAGUGACAAAACACGUGUCCUUCAGGCGUUCACCAAAGAGAACAAUGAUCUUCAUGGCAAUUUAUGUGAGAAUGUUCCGCAAUUUACAUUUUCUCCGCCCACCUCGACCUCCCAAAAUGCAACUUUCUCGAGAUAUCGUCUUGAUUUUGAAGAAAUAGAUUUCCUUGGGAAAGAUUCGGACAGCACAUGGAAGGAGACUAAAUCUUUCAGCGAAAGUAUCUCUGAUGAGAAUGAAUCGUUGGACGGUUUGACGAGUAAUGGGGUAUUCUCAGAUGACGAUGAUUUCGGGUUUUUGUCCGCCAGUGCAUCCAAACGCAUGGAAUACUCGAGGACCCCGUUUGAAAAUUACUCGUCGACUGAAUCCGAUUCGGAAUUUGAGAUGCAUGAUGAUGAAACAAACAUUGCGUCGACGAACAAAAAUCGAGGAGUUGUUGCUAAAAGGUCUUCAUCAAAAGAGGAGAAAACUCGCAUUUUGUAUAUACAAAUGGAAUAUUGUGAAAAAAAAACACUAAAGGACAUAAUCGAUGUUGGGGGAACGAUCCAUCGUGAUUUAAAGCCUAGCAAUAUCUUUUUAGAUGCAAAUGGCGAUGUAAAGAUUGGUGAUUUUGGGCUGGCUACCACAAGUGAUGCAUUCUUUGACCCAGGAUCAUUCCGAAUGCCCAACUUCGAUAGAAUGGGCAGUCGAGAAGACUCGAUGACUGGAGAUGUUGGCACGACACUUUAUGUUGCCCCUGAAGUUAUCAGUGGCAAUGCAUUAAUUGGGACCCGUUACAACCACAAAGUUGACAUAUACUCUCUAGGUUGGUUGCAAGAAAUUCUGUUCGAUAAGGUCUUGACUCUCUGCUCAAAUACAUCUUAUGCUAUCCUUAGGUAUUAUUUUCUUCGAAAUAUGCUACAAGUUUUCGACGGAAAUGGAGCGCCGAGUGGUAAUGUUUCACGAUUGAGAUUUAAGCAGAACAAAGUUCCCAUACAAACUCAUCGUCAACUUUACUUGCAGACAAUUGUCGGCCUGCGAAAACCCGAAAUAGUGUUCCCUAAAGAUUUUCCCAUUGAUAAAAUGUCUAAUCAGGUGCACAUAAUUCGCUGGUGUUUGCAACACGACUCUAAAAAUCGCCCAACUAGUCAGGAGCUUUUGAAAAGUGAAUGGUUACCAGCACAAGUUGAAGAUGAAUAUUUGCAAGAAUGCAUUAGAACCAUGGCCAAUCCCAGUACGCCGUACUAUCUUACUUUGCUGUCUAAUUUGUUUGCACAGUCUUCUAACAAGCAAAAGGAUUAUACCUAUGACUUCAACUCUGGGUCUCCUUUCGAUCAAUUGACGGCACUUAUUUUUGGACGUGUUAAGGAUAAUCUGACUAAGAUAUUUCGUCGCCACGGCGCAGUCGAAUUAAGUACUCCAUUAUUGAUGCCUAAAUCGGACAUAUACGAGGAUAAAAAAGUUGUUUACUUGAUGGAUACUGAAGGCGGGAUCGUUCAGCUUCCCUAUGAUCUGACGGUUCCCUUUUCAAGAUACAUUUCUCGAAAUAACAUUACUGACCUAAAGCGUUACACGUUUGACCAAGUAUACCGGUUGAAAAACGCCGUCGGUGGACAACCUCGUUUUGUUAAUGAGGCAGAUUUCGACAUUGUUCACUCGACAUGUUCUCCAAUGGUCGCCGAGGCCGAAAUCUUCAAAAUAGUGGAUGAAACAAUACUAGAUUUUUGUCGCAUACCUGAAGAAUGUCAAACAGAAGUCUGCAUACUGCUCGAGCAGUUGGAUAAAAAAUAUUCCAUGACCCAGAUAAGGACUCACCUCUCGAAUGAGUAUGAAUUACCGAGAAGUAUACUUGACGACCUUGUUCUCUUUGAUAUCAAAGGCGAUUUAGAAUUCGUCACUAGUGCUCUUGAGAGAAUGAUAUCUAUGGCCUCAAUACAGGAGAUCUUUGAUGACUUCCAACUUUUGCUGAAAUAUGCCAAAAGUCUUGGCAUUCAUCAUGAAAUAAUAUUUGCUCCCUUACUGACAGAUGUACUUGCCGCGGGAGGAAGAUACGACACCCUGAUACAGCGAUUUCGUAAGCCGACUAGAGUUGGUUGUAGGCAACAGACUUACGCAAUAGGUGUUAAUAUUUCGGUUCAGAAAAUUGUGUCUACCCUGAGAAGUUACCAGUCUGACCUUUUCAAGAUGAAGAAAGUCGAAGAAAGGAAUUUUGGAUUUGAAGCUCCCCCAAAGUGUGAUGUAUUUGUUGUAAGCUUUGGAAAAGUUCUUCUGGAAGAACGUUUAGAUCUCGUUCGUGAACUAUGGGCGCAUAACAUCAAAGCGGAUUUCAUGUACGAAGAAUCACCCGAACUUACACCUGGAAUGCUUGCAAGCUUUUGCAAGAAACAUGGUAUCAACCUGAUUGUUAUAAUGAGACAUAAAAGCCAAGAUAUGUAUAAAUCCAGUUCCUCUAGAGAUGCGCUAACUACCGUUAAAGUGAAAAAUCUAUUAAAGAAGACUGAAGACGAAGUUCCACGCUAUGAGCUUUUUGCAAGACUUAAUGGCGAGAUAGCUGAACAAAUGAGCUUCGAACAAUCCGCGUAUGACGUCAACACUGCAAAUUUACCUAUACAAACUGACUCUUCGACUCACCCCAAAAAAUUGUCGAUAUACAUUGUUGGACCUCCUGCGGCAGUUAAGAACAGCAAAAAAUUAAAGUAUAAACAAAAACAACUGUUGAUAGACAAAGCUUCUGCCAGCAUAACUGGAAUCAUAGAAAAUAUCAGGGGUGGAGCUACCCCAAUUUUGGCGCUAGACAUUAGUCGCGAAAUUCUACGUAAACUUGUAGAUUGCAACGUACUGGAAGACGAGGUCUUCAAGAGCAAAG